UACGAUAAAGAAUGAUAAGAGGUCGUUACGGCCUCAAAGAAUCGAUCGGGGUGAACGACAAGCGCACUCGCUUGUCAGUCCUUUCAUGCAAGGCAUGGAAUGAUGUUCAACACUAAUAAAAUGUGAUAUUCUGUUCGUAAAAGCUCAAAAGCCACUCAAAAUAAUUCAGUCCUAAUUGACGAAUAUAACAAAUGUAAGUAAUAGAACAAUCAUAUAAAAGUCAUGUUAGUAUUCGUUACGUCGAAAUGUAAAGGCUAUAAGCAAUAAAGCUAGUUGUCAUCUUUUCUGGGACAAAUAAGCAACUAUAUAAUUUACUGCCAUAAAAUUUCCUGAAACAAAAAGUAACAACUAUGGGUAAUACACAAGGAAACGAAGUGAAACCUGGAAAAUCAGGAAAAACAGGAAAAGUUAAAGGCAUAAUGAAAAUUCGAGGAAAGAAAAAACAAGGAGAACCACAAUUCACAGGUAUUGUUCCUCAAGAAAUUGACGAAGAAGAAAUUGAUAAAAAAGUGUCAAUAGAUGAAUAUUCAGAAGACAUGUCUUCAUCACAUCUCCAAGAAAAGAUUGAACAACAGGCAGAAUUGGAGGUCGAGAUGCAAGACACCUUACGUAUUGAACCAACGAAGACCACAGAUUCCUGGUACUCAGCAGAUGAAACAAAUGAAGAAACUUUAUCAAAAAUAGCUUCUCCCUCAAGUGUGAUAUCUUCUGAAUCCAACUUCAUGGAUGCACCGCAGUCUCCCCAAGAUCACUAUGGAACUUCCACCGCCGAUUUGAUACGGCGUAACGAUACGCCCGAUAAUUUUUUGCACAAUCUUACCUUGAACAGUUUUAAGUUAAACGAGUAUCGAAUGAAGCACGAAGAAGAAAAAAGUAAGAAACUCCACAAACUCGGUGUAUCGAAAACAAGUCAAAUCAGUUUGGACAGUGAUCCUCGAGAAUGUUUCGAAACAGGUGAAGUGCACGUGAUAAAAAAAUUGGAAUGCGAUGUGUGUGAAUACGGGCAAAUGGGGGAAGCUAAAGAAGAGAUUAAUGUUGGACAUAUAAUCAAAAGGAUGUCAGAAGCUAACCUCAACACUACAGGGGCCCCAGACUACAAGAGGCAUAUGUCAGUUCCUGAAGAUGUGACAGAUAUAUCCAAAUAUCCAGAUAGUGGAAUCCUGAAAAAAGUUGCAUCCCUCACCUUAAGUAGAGCUGAUCUAGAAUCCAAGAUUUCGAAACCAAAAUUUGUACCUGAGAAGUUAGAUUUUCAGCUUUAUGAGAAAUUUGAAGGACAUAUGUUGAUAAACUGGUAUGUCUCCGAGCUCGAUGAAAAUCAUCCCCUUGGAAAUUCGCUGUCAGAACAAGAACUCAAAUUACUAGCUGUUCAAUUUUGUACACAUCUCUUAGCAGCUGGAGUACUAAGGCAGCUCAGGGAUAAAGACGUUUCGACGUGUAACGUUUUCAAGCCUGACUGCAUCUAUUACUGGACUUAUGCUGAAAUCCCUAAUUCGGUCCCACAAACACCUGGUCGAAUAAGUAUGGUUUCUUGGCCGCCAAAUUCUCCAUCGUCUUGUGAUGCCAUCACAAAACCUCUCCCUAGUGGCAAUUUAUCUUCACCUAGAACCACCCCUGAUGAGAAUAUCGAUGAAAGUUGUAGUCCCGAGAACGAUCAUUCACCACCUCCUGGAAGAAAAGGAGAAUUGAGCAGUUCAGCGAGAGAUGUAGAACUACUGAGUUUAGAAGAAGAAAUACGAAGAUUGAGACAGGAAGUGGAAAAAUAUAAAACACUCGUAGAGAUUCAGAUGCUGACAGCAAAGGCGGUUAAAGAUUUUGGUUCGCCAAUAGAUGAAACAAAAACAAUUCAACAAAUCUGUGAUAAAAAUGGUAGUGAUAAGAUUUUAGGUGAUUGGAAAAGGGGGUUAGUCUUGAAUGAAUGUGAAAAUAGAAACGAAAAAGUAAAUAAGGAUUCGCAAACGGCCCAAAAUAUUAUAUUGAGAACUGACGCCGAAUGUCAAACCGAAGGAAAUAUUGAUAUUCAUCAGAAUUUUGAGAGAAGAUUAGUCAGCAAUAAUUCACAAACUGAUUUGAAAACGGAAAUAACAUCGACAUUUGACUUAGAAGAUGAAGUAUCAUCGAAAGUAAAAACAAUCAUAUCUCCAACAUACCAUACAACAUCAUCUAUAAAAUUAAAACUUCCAGCCAACAAAACCCAGCAAACAGAAUCUCCUCCGCCACCCCCACCUCUACCACCAACAAAUAUAACUGUACCCCUUCCACCUCCAAUGCCAGGACAAGUUAUAUCACCAUUGAGAGGUCCAGUGCCUCCUCCACCUCCAAUGCCAGAACAAGUUAUAUCACCAUUGGGAGGUUCAGUGCCUCCUCCACCUCCAAUGCCUGCACUAGUCUCAUUAGGGAUUUCAGUUCCUCCCCCUCCACCAUUUCCGGGAACAAUGAUCGGACCUCCUCCUCCCCCACCACCUCUCCCCCCUUCCAUAUCAGGAGGUGCUUUUCCUCCACCACCUCCUUUACCGUCUAUUCCAAUUGCUCCACCCUUGAUGCACGUAUCAGUUGGUCCAGUAGCUCCAUCAGUUAGGAACUUCGGUGCGCCGACUUCUGGGGUACCACCACCACCUCCCCCUCCUGGUGCUAAAUCUGACAAUCAAAAAGGCCCUACGCCCUUACCUACACCGCCACCGGGCGGAUGGAGUGCACAAAAGGCUGUGACGCCUGCAGUCCCAAUCACUAUAGCUCUCAGGAAGAAUCCGCUCAAUCCAAAAGCACCAAUGAAACCUCUUUAUUGGACUCGUAUCAUUGCGCCAUCAGCAGACCUUCAAGAUAGUUCAAACCCAGCACUCUGGACAGAGAUAGACGAACUAUCUACAGAUACCUUAGAUGAGUUCAGCGAGUUAUUUUCCCGACAAAUAGUUACCAGAAAGCCAUCAGCAGUCAAGAAAGUUGAACAAAAGGCUAAAAUUGAGGCAAUAAAACUAUUGGACAGUAAAAGAUCUCAGAACGUUGGAAUAUUAGCUCAAAGUUUGCAUAUCGAUUUUCAAGAAAUCGAGAACGCAAUUUAUAAUUUUGAUACUUCUGUAGUCAGCUUGGAGGCUCUUCAGCAGAUAUAUGAAGCACGUGCUACACCAGAUGAAAUGGAGUUGAUCAAUAAUCACCUUGCAUGCAAACCGGACGUUCCUUUAGAUAAACCAGAGAAUUUUCUUCACGAACUCUCUGAAAUUUCGAAUUUCGCCGAAAGGAUAUCAUGCCUGAUGUUCAUGGUAGAAUUUGAAGACUCAAUCAAUACAAUUAGUCACACCUUAACAAAUAUUAAAUCAACCUGCGAGUUCCUAGUAUCCAGCAAAGAAUUGAAAAGACUCUUAGCCAUUAUUUUAACACUAGGAAACUAUAUGAAUGGUGGAAAUGUAACAAGAGGACAAGCUGAUGGGUUUGGUUUGGAAAUCCUAGGAAAACUCAAAGAUGUUAAAUCUAAAGAUUCUAGGAUAACUCUUCUCCAUUAUAUUGUCCGAAUGUAUUUGAAAUCUGAAGACAAUCCAUUCGACUCCAACCUUGUUCUUCCGAUACCUCAACCUGGAGACAUAAAGAGGGCAGCAUCAGUUAAUUUCGAUGAUAUUAAGGUUGAUUUGCAAAAACUACGAAAACAAUUAGAAGGUUGUGAAAACAAAUCCCGAAAAGUAAUAGAAAAUUCAAACUCUGAGAACCUACAACCAUUCAAAGAUAAGAUGAUGAAUUUUCUGGAACAUUCUAAGAAACAAUUGUGUCAAGAGCAUGAAAAUUUGGAAGAAUGCAGAACUAAAUUCCUUCAAACUAUGAGAUUUUAUCUUUUUCAACCUAAAACGGGCACAUUAGAAACUUUUCCUCCAAAUUCCUUUUUCGAAUUAUGGCUCAGCUUCUGUAUAGAUUUCAAGGAUAUAUUCAAGAAAGAAUUACUAAAAAUGGAGGCAGAGAAAAUGCAGGAGAUUAAAAAAAAAGAAUCUGAAAACAAAUCCAAUAUAGUGAAAACCAAAGAAAGACAAAAUGGACUGAAAGCUAAAGUUAAGAGAUAUCAAGAGAAAUUGAGUUAGUAAAGAAGUUUAUAUUUAUAUAUUUAUGAGUAAAAUAUAUAUGAUUAUGAAAUAUAUCAUUUCGAUUUUAAAUUGUAUUUGUUGAAUCUUUUAAAGUUUAUAUAUUUGAACAUUAAAUUAUUGAUUUUUGUA